AUGCCCGUCUGCAUAGAGUGCAAGACAAAACGUGAUUUUAAAACUACAAAAGCUUUAAUUUUACAUCUUAAGAUAUCUCACAAUUAUAAUAUAUUAAGCGUUUAUCGUUGCGGAGAAAACGAUUGUUUUAGAAAAUUUAAUAGUAUUAAAGCAUUUGUUAGGCAUGUUGAGGAGCACGUUAAAAAUAGUAAUUUUUUAACUGAUAAUGAAUGUCAACCUGAACCUGAUGAAAAUGUUCUAAAUUUAGAAUCAAAUUCAUUUGAUUAUGAUCUUGAUAUCGACAAUGCCGAAAAUAUUGAAGACGAUGAAGAUACAUUUCCCUCUACGGUCUCUUUCCAGGAUAGGCUUAAAAAUGAAAGUGAUGUAUUUGUAAGUAAAUUUUACAGUAAAGCUGUCUUACCUAGAAAUGUUGUUCAAGAUUUAAUCGAUGAUACAUCAAAUUUUUUAUCCCACGGUUGUACAAAUAUUUUAAAACAAAAAGUUUUAACAACUUUGAAAUCUUCUAACGCUGAUCCAUCGGAUGUAGAUGAAAUAUCCGAAAUGUUUAAUGCAUUAGAAUCUCCCUUUUCUCAUUUAGACACAGAAUAUAAGCGUUUUCAAUAUUUUAUGGCAACCGGUAAUUUUAUAUCAGCAAAUGAAUUUGAAAUUGGAAAGCAAUUGACUCAAGUAAAAACAGAUUCAGGGACUAUUCAUAAGUGGGUUAAAGUUACCGCUCAACAUAUUCCUUUAGCACCAGUUUUAACGAAAUUUUUAGAAUUGCCCGAUUCACUUUCCAGUAUAUUAACCUAUGUUGAUUAUUUAAACGAAAAUACAGAGAAUCUUUGUAACUACAUUCAGACUGAUGCGUGGAAAAAGAAAAGGUCGAAGUUCAAAUCUAGCGAUAUUGUUCUUCCAUUGUUCGUUUAUUAUGACGAUUUUGAACCAAACAAUCCUGUUGGACAUCAUUGCUCUAAAGUUGGUGGAAUAUAUGUAACCAUCGCAUGUUUACCUCCAGAGAUAGCAUCACGUGUAGAAAAUAUAUUUUUGUCUAUUUUAUUUAAUACUAAAGAUCGUGAUGACUUCCCAGUAAAAGAUAUUAUUGCACCUCUACUUGAAGAUUUAAGAUCAUUAGAAAAAAAUGGAAUUCUUGUAAAAUUAUCUACCGGAGAAGAAAUUCGUAUUUAUUUUGUCUUGGGGUUAGUGCUAGGCGAUAAUUUAGGAAUACAUCAGCUCUGUGGUCUUGUCUGCAAUUUCUCAACGGCAAAUUAUCGUUGCCGUUAUUGCAAAAUUUACAAAAAUCAAUUGAUUAACGAUUUACAAAUAGAUGAGACAAUUUUUAGAAAUAGAACAAAUUAUGAAAUAGAUGUACUCCGAAACAGUACAGAGGACACGGGAAUCACAAGUAGAUGUGCUUUAAAUGAAUUAGAAUCGUUUCACAUAACUGAAAAUCUUUAG